AUGUCUUUCACCUCCUCCUCCUACUCUUCCUCCUGGUCCCGGACUCUCCGAGUCUUCUUCCUCCUGCAGCUCCUCCUCGUGCCGCCGUGCCUCCUCCACCCGCAGCCGUGCCACCUCCUGGCUCAGAUCGGACACACUGUGCGCGUCGGUGCGCUCCUGCCGGCGCAGCGGGCGGCUCGCAUUCAGGUCCAGGCGGCGCUGAGCCGUGCGGCGGCCGCGCUGAGUCGGGAUCGGGACCCGGACCCGGACCCGGACCCGGAGCGGGACCGGGACCGGGAGCGGAACAACUUCCUGCCCUAUAACUUGAGCCUGGAGCUGGUUUCCCGGCAGCCGGUCGCGGCGGACCCGGAGUCCCUGUUCCGGUGCGUGUGUCAGGGCGUGGUGGUGCAGGGAGUUUCCGCCGUGCUCGCCUUCCCGCAGAGCCGCGAGGAGUUGCUACAGGUGGACUUCAUGGCCUCCUUCCUGGAGAUCCCGUUCCUCAGCGUCAUCGAGCACGGAGAGCCGCUCCGCACGCAGAACCGGUUCCACCUGCAGAUGGCGAUGGGGGUUCCUGAGUCCGGUCUGUCGGACCUUCUGCUGACGGUUCUGCAGCAGUCAGGUUGGAGGGAGGGGACUGUGGUUCUGUGUCGGGGCUGGGAGGAGGCUCGGGGUCUCCUGCUGCAGCUCCUGGGCGGGGAGAGUGAGAGCAGUGCAUUGUGGGAUGGCGGGGGCGGAGUCACCUGGCACAUGCGCGCCCUCCUGAACCUGACACAGUCAGCACACGACGACACUCAGAUCCACGACUUCCUGUCCCGACACUUCAGACAGAACCAGCCAUCGCCGGCGUCUGUGCUGCUAUUUGGAGCUGACCCGCAGUGUGCAGCAGCAGUGCUGCGAAGCGCUCAGGACCUGGGCCUCACGUUACCCAUGGUGCACUGGGUGCUGGGACAGCCUCUGAGCCCCGACGCGCUGCACGCCAUUGGGCUGCCACUCGGCCUGCUGGCCUAUGGAGAGGUUGAGAGGAAGCCGCUGGACUUUUACGUCAGAGACGCCCUGCAGCUCAUCACCAGGGCCGUUGCCGCAGCAACACUGGUGAGACCAGACCUGGCUCUGAUCCAGAACAUGGUGAACUGCUACGACAAGCCCAACAAACACGAGCUGCCAUCAUCAGGACAGUACCUGUCCAGGUUCCUGUCCAACACAUCUUUCUCUGGUCUGACGGGUCCGGUCCGAGUCCAGCAGAACCGUUCUCACGUCCUCACCUCGCAGCGUUUCCAUGUCUGGAGCCUUAGACGCGAUGCGCUGGGUCAGCCCACCUGGGUGACAGUGGGCAGCUGGGAGGGAGGCCAGCUGCAGGUGGAGGAUCAGGGAGUCUGGCAGGGACCCAAACCUCGCCACAGGACAGAAGGGGCGGGCGGGAGAACUAGGGGCCACUGGAGACCGGGGAUGCCGGUGGCCGGGAGUCGGGUCCGGGUGGUGACUCUGGUGGAACAUCCCUUUGUGUUCACGCGGGACGUGGACGAUGAGGGCAGCUGCCCAGCAGGCCAGUACUGCCUGGACGCUGGCACCAACAGCUCGGACACUCUGGAGAGGGUCUUCAGGGAGGUGGCAGGGGGAAACAGCAGCUUCCUGCCUGCAGAGUACAGCAAGUGUUGCUAUGGAUACUGCAUUGACCUGCUGGAGAAGCUGGCGGAGGACCUGGGCUUUGAGUUCGACCUUUACAUUGUCGGGGACGGAAAGUACGGAGCGUGGAAGGGGGGGCGCUGGACUGGGCUGGUGGGGGAUCUUCUUAAUGGACUAGCAGACAUGGCCGUCACCUCCUUCAGCAUUAACUCGGCCCGGAGCCGCGUGAUCGACUUCACCUCACCCUUUUUCUCCACCAGCCUGGGCAUCCUGGUGCGCAGUAAGGAUACUGCAGCCCCCAUCGGAGCCUUCAUGUGGCCCCUGCACUGGUCCAUGUGGGUGGGCAUCUUCCUGGCACUGCACAUCACGGCGCUCUUCCUCACCCUGUACGAGUGGAAAAGUCCAUAUGGUAUGACACCUCAUGGACGCAACAGGAUGAGGGUGUUCUCGUACUCAUCGGCUCUCAACCUGUGCUAUGCCAUCCUGUUUGGACGCACUGUGUCCUCCAAGACUCCGAAGUGUUGGACGGGUCGGUUCCUGAUGAACCUGUGGGCCAUCUUCUGCCUGCUGGUGCUGUCCAGCUACACCGCCAACCUGGCCGCCGUCAUGGUGGGAGAAAAGACCUUCGAGGAGGUGUCAGGGAUCCACGACGCCAAGCUGCAUCACCCGUCGCAGGGUUUUCGUUUUGGGACGGUGAGGGAGAGCAGCGCCGAGGAUUACAUGAAGAAGAGUUUCCCAGAGAUGCACGAGUACAUGAGACGCUUCAACGAACCAACCACACCUGAGGGGGUCGCCACUCUCAAGACAGAUCCUCCUCAGCUGGACGCCUUCAUCAUGGACAAAGCUCUGCUGGAUUACGAAGUUUCCAUCGACGCCGACUGUAAACUGGCAACUGUGGGGAAACCAUUUGCCAUUGAAGGGUACGGGAUCGGCCUACCUCAGAACUCCCCUCUGACCUCCAACAUCUCAGAGUUCAUCAGCAGGUAUAAAUCUGAGGGCUACAUGGACCUGCUGCACGACAAGUGGUACAAAGUGGUUCCAUGUGGGAACAGAGUGUUCGCCGUCACAGAGACUCUUCAGAUGGGAAUCAGUCACUUUUCAGGACUCUUCGUGUUGUUGUGCGUUGGAGUGGGCGGAGCUUUGCUGACUCUGGCAGGUGAACACGGUUUCUACCAACUCAUCCUGCCGCACAUCCGCCGCCGACAGAACCUCAAGUACUGGCUGCACACGUCACAGAAAAUCCAUCGAGCUCUGAACAUGACGUACGAAGAUGUGAAGAAACAGCGAGCCGAGAAAGAGAAAAGCUGUAACCUGCAGAAGCCUCAGCCCACCACCGGCCCCCCCGCCCCGCCGCGCCCCGGAGCCUCCGCCAAGUGGAACAAUGAGGCCAUUAAGGAAGCUGCCACCGCUGCCACGGCUGCCAUUCCUAAAGAUGCACGAGACUUCAAACGAGUCCACUUCAACCUGGAGACCCUCAACACCCGCCGCCUGCUUGCCCGCAUCGCCACUUCUGAAGCCAAAGGAGGCUGGGCCAAGCCUGAGGGGGAGGGACCAGCCAAGCCGAAGGCAGGGCCAAACAGCAAACUGUGUGAGAACGGAGGACCAGCAGCGUCACUGGCCAGUCUGGUGCUCUCCCUGCCCUCAUCAUCGUCCUCUUCUGCUUCCUCCUUCGCCAAACCCAAAACCUCUGCACCUCCACCUGCCGCUGUAGCCCCCACUCCUGCAGCGGCGGCCCCAUCCCCAGCCGCGGCCCCGCCCCCUGUAGCCGUGGUCCCCCCCAGGCCUGGCGAGCUGCAGGAGCUGCAGGAGGAGAUCGAACAGAUGAGGGAGAGGUUGAGGACAGCUUUAGCCAGGAGGGCGGAGAUUCAGACCACUCUGACCAAACCUGCUGCCGCUGUGACCAACAACCAUGCUCCACCCACCACCACCUCAUCCAGUGCCCUGCCCAACGCCUCCUCCACCGCUGCCCCAACCAACACCCCAUCCACUGUCGUCCCGGUAACACCUUUCCCUGCCAACACAAAGUGUGUGACGACCAUGACGGACCCGCCCCACAAAGUCCUGUCCAAAGUCCGGCCUCUCCACAGCAGACUGACCAAUCAGAGGAGGUGA